UGUUGAGACGCGUGGAGACUGAGACUGGCACCGCGUCUGUGUGAAGGGGGAGAGGCUGGGAAACGACGGGAGCACAAGCGAGGCAGAGCUCCACAGUCUGUGGCCCUCUGUCCUCUCGUCCUCGAUGCCUGCAAAAAACACAUCGCCCUGCCGACAACACGGACACUGAGCGACCGACCGACCGACCGCCCGCGCGCGCUCGAGACGCCACCGCCGCUGCGCCCGAGACCGAGAGAUGUGCACGAUCUGGAUGUUAUGAAGAUACAGUUGAACAGAGUAUCAGUAAAAGAUCUCCAGAGCCAUCUGGCCAGUCUACAGUAACUAAACGCAACUGGAUUCCCUGAUAGCCAUCACUCACUUGUCUGAACUCCACAUUUUUGCUUUCACUCAUCCACUGCUCUAAAUGAGUGUCCCGGACAGCAAGAUCAGGGCUGGGUCGCGCACCAGAACCCACACAGAAUGUCCUGGAUCAACGGCUUCCUAGUGGCCAGAGUGGAUGAUCGUAAGACCGUGUGGGGCGAGCGCAAUGGCAAGAAGUCCAAGCGCAAGGUUGGCUCCUCUCUCUGCAACCCACGCUACAUGAGCUGCCUGCGGGACGUGGAAGCCAUGGAGCCUCCUCCCCAGCCGCCCCACUCUCAGGCCACCCGCUCUGGAGGAGGAGGAGGAGGAGGGGUGACGGGCGGGGGCAACUUCGGCAUGCGCUGCGGAUGGCAGGAAGACCACUACGGGAAAGUUGGGGGUGGGGGGGAGGGUAUGGGGCUGAAAUCCGUGGACCUGGGUUUCGAGGACGGCGAGGUCAGGGGGCGGAAAGGUGGCGGCCCGGGUUGCGACGGCUCCAGCGACGACACGGCCAGCGGGACGGGGUCAGUGACGGCGGCCGACUGCUGGCAGCGGGUGGUGCGCGUGUUCCAAUCCAAGAAGUUCCAGUCGCGCAAACUGGAGCGGCUCUACCAGCGCUACUUUUUUAGGCUCAAUCAGAGCUCCCUCACGAUGCUGAUGGGCGUCCUGGUGAUCGUCUGUGGGGUCAUGCUCACCUUCCACUGCAUCCACGGGCCGCCCGACGUGGUCUACGCCUCCGUGCUCUCCGUGGCGAUGGCCCUCUUCUUGGCGCUGAUGGUGGUGUGCAACCGAAACGGGUUCCACCAGGACUACAUGUGGAUGGUCAGCUACCUUGUGAUUGGAGUGUUAAUUGUGGUGCAGGUGUUCGGGGUGCUGAUGGUCGCCCCCCGCAGCGCCUCGGAGGGGAUCUGGUGGUCCGUCUUCUUCAUCUACAUCAUCUACACGCUGCUGCCCGUGCGGAUGAGGGCGGCAGUGCUUAGCGGAGGAGUGCUGUCCUCCAUACACCUCCUCACCACGUGGAGGAUCAAUCAGGAGGACGAGUUCCUCUGGAAACAGUUGAGUGCAAACGUGCUGAUCUUCCUGUGCACCAACAUCAUUGGGAUCUGCACCCACUACCCAGCCGAGGUCUCUCAGAGACAAGCCUUUCAGGAGACGCGAGGCUACAUCCAGGCCCGGCUGCACCUGCAGAGAGAAAACCAGCAGCAGGAACGCCUGUUGCUGUCUGUUUUGCCAAGGCAUGUCGCCAUGGAAAUGAAGGCGGACAUCAAUGCAAAAAAAGAAGACAUGAUGUUUCACAAGAUCUACAUCCAGAAACACGACAAUGUCAGUAUUCUGUUUGCAGACAUUGAGGGUUUCACUAGUCUGGCGUCGCAGUGCACGGCUCAGGAGCUGGUCAUGACUUUAAACGAGCUGUUUGCCCGCUUUGACAAGCUGGCCUCGGAGAACCAUUGCUUACGGAUUAAGAUCCUGGGGGAUUGUUACUACUGCGUGUCAGGCUUACCUGAGCCCAGAGCGGACCACGCUCACUGCUGUGUGGAAAUGGGGGUAGACAUGAUCGAAGCCAUUUCAUUGGUGCGGGAGGUCACGGGGGUCAACGUAAACAUGCGGGUCGGUAUCCACAGUGGGCGCGUGCACUGUGGAGUUCUUGGAUUGAGAAAGUGGCAAUUCGACGUGUGGUCCAACGACGUCACGCUGGCCAACCACAUGGAGGCUGGAGGCAAAGCCGGGAGGAUCCACAUCACGAAAGCUACUCUGCAGUACCUGAAUGGAGACUAUGAGGUGGAACCAGGUUUUGGAGGGGAGAGAAACGCCUAUUUAAAAGAGAACAGCAUUGAGACCUUCCUAGUGUUGGGCUGCAGUCAGAAGCGGAAAGAUGAGAAGGCCAUGAUGGCUAAGAUGCAGCGCACGCGGACGAACUCCAACGAGGGUCUGGUACCGCGAUGGGUGCCCGACAGAUCUUUCUCCAGGACUAAAGACUCCAAGGUCUUCAGACAGAUGGGCAUUGAUGAAACAUCCAGCAAAGACAACCGUGGUGCUCAGGAGGCGCUGAACCCGGAGGACGAGGUGGAUGAGUUCUUGGGCCGUGCCAUUGAUGCUCGCAGUAUUGACCAGCUCCGCAAAGACCACGUGAAGAAGUUCCUGCUCACCUUCCAGACCUCCAGCCUGGAGAAAAAGUAUUCCAAGAAGGUAGAUGAUCGUUUCGGGGGUUAUGUGGCCUGUACGCUGCUGGUCUUCUGUUUCAUUUCCUUUAUCCAGAUCGUCAUAUUCCCUCAUACUCUGGUCAUGCUGGGGAUUUACAUCAGUAUCUUCAUCAUUCUUGCCAACAUCCUCUUCAUCUGUGCCAUUUAUUCCUGCGUGAAGCUCUUCCCCGCCGCCAUGCAGACUGUGUCCAAGAAGAUCGUUCAGUCUCGCACCAACAGCACACUGGUGGGAGUUUUCACCCUCAUCCUCGUCUUCAUCUCUGCCUUUGUCAACAUGUUUUCCUGUGACACACGGAAGCUGGUGGACUGUGUAGCAGAGCGGUUUAACUGGUCGUCGUCAGAGAUGGUGACUCCCUGUGUCAUUCACAACUUGUCCCGCUCUGCAGCCGACGGCCUGGAUAUCUGUCGCAGCGAUACUCCCUCCUGCCCCUUCCCUGAGUAUUUCAGCUACAGCGUGCUGCUGACCCUGCUGGCCUGCUCCGUGUUCCUGCAGAUCAGUAGUAUAGGGAAGCUGGCUUUAAUGCUGCUCAUCCAGCUCACUUUCCUGCUGCUUGUGGAGUGGCCAGAGGUGGCGCUGUUUGACAACGCAGACCUCUUCGUUACGGCCAAUGCCCUAGUUUUCAAUGAAACUCUGCAAUGGUCCAAUCUCAACACAACUACUGAACAGUGUACUUUCAGGGUGACUAAAGUGUCCCUAAAGGUCAUGACCCCAGUGAUCCUCACUGUAUUUGUACUAGCACUGUACCUUCAUGCCCAGCAAGUGGAGUCAACAGCUCGCCUAGACUUCCUUUGGAAACUUCAGGCCACAGAGGAGAAGGAGGAGAUGGAGGAACUUCAAGCCUACAACCGUCGGCUUCUCCACAACAUCUUGCCCAAAGAUGUGGCCGCCCACUUUCUAGCUAGGGAGAGGAGGAACGACGAGCUGUACUACCAGUCGUGUGAGUGCGUGGCUGUCAUGUUCGCCUCCAUCAGCAACUUUUCCGAGUUCUACGUGGAGCUGGAGGCCAACAACGAGGGAGUGGAGUGUCUGAGGCUCCUCAAUGAGAUCAUCGCUGAUUUUGAUGAGAUCAUCAGUGAGGAGAAAUACAGACAGCUGGAGAAAAUAAAGACCAUUGGCAGCACCUACAUGGCUGCAUCUGGCCUCAACGACUCCACCUAUGACAAGGAAGGCCGCUCGCAUAUAACCGCUCUGGCCGACUACGCCAUGCACCUCCGCGAACAGAUGAAAUACAUCAAUGAGCAUUCCUUCAACAACUUCCAGAUGAAGAUUGGGCUGAACAUUGGGCCAGUGGUCGCAGGAGUCAUUGGAGCCAGGAAGCCCCAGUAUGACAUCUGGGGAAACACAGUAAACGUGGCCAGUCGGAUGGACAGUACAGGGGUCCCGGACCAGAUUCAGGUGACCACAGACCUGCACCAGGUGUUGGCCAGUAAAGGUUACCAGCUGGAGUGUCGAGGGGUCGUAAAGGUGAAAGGCAAGGGUGAGAUGACCACUUACUUCCUGAACAACGGACCUCCCAACAGUUAGCAGUUCACUAGAAUUUCUUUGGAUUCCCACAAUUCCCCAGAGAGGAGGAUUUCUCCAGGCAAGCUGAAGACAAACAAGUAGCCAUCGCCAUCACUUGAAGAAGAAAGAAAACAAACAAACAAGGAAGAUGAUUGAAAAAACAAACCAGACUCCACACUGGAGAGUCGUGGCGGUCGUGGAUAUGCCUGUGCACCUUGAAGGACGAUUGUUUUUAAGCCUCUCCCUCAGGCUGCUUGAAAGAUGCAAAGUCUGUUUAUUUAAUAAAGGCCUUUAUUUGCCGAAGAAAAACGCUGUACAUAAGGCAUUUUCUCCAGUUUUAUUUUUGUUUUUCCCCUGUUUUUUGUAUUUCCGGAGAAUAUAAAUACAGGUACUCAUGUUUUCGUUCGGAAUUCCUUAUUUAUUUUGAUCUUGACGUUGUGUGCAAAAAGUCCUUUAUGGAAAAAAGUUGGAAAACACAUACACACUUAUACCGUACAUAAACGCGUACGCUUGUAUAUUUGUGUGUGCACGAAUACAGUAUCUGUAUAAAUUAUAAAGAGAACUAUUGACCAAAGACCAAAGUAUUUCAUAGAAAAGAAGUUUGCGGAAGUUUUGAAUCUUAUGUAAUGCUCUGACGCCCUCAUCCCUCGAUUUCCCUGUUUUAAAUCAUGUUAAAUCACACGGAUUGACCAGCAACCUCUGUCACUGGCAGAGCGUUGUGCUCUGGAUCUUAUGAAGGAUUGAAUGAUUUCAUUUAAAGUCUUGCUUUUCCUUAAGAACGACAAAUUCUAGAUGGGAAAAGUGUGUGGAACAUUUUUGUUUUUUUUGGGGGGGGAGUACGACCAGGUCUGGGCCUAUAACGUCCUCAAGGAAGACUUCAGUUUAGUUUUGUUUGUUCCGUCAACCAUUUCUUCUUUUUUCAAAGAAGUAUUUUUGGUACAAAAUGAAAUAAAAGGAAAAAAAGAGUUUUUCGGAGGCAUCUGGGGAAAAGCCACGGCAUUGGAUACCACGGUACAAGACAGUUUAUCGAGAUCCAAUUCAUUCUAGGAGGACUUUUUUUUAAAAAUGAAAGAAAUAUAUCUAUAAAUUAUGACUGAAUACUGUGCUUUGUAAUCUCGAAGGGGCAUAACUCUUUUCACUGUGAGGUUUCUAUGAUACGACUAGCUGCUUUCUUGCCAAACUAAACAGCUCAAAAGCAUGUCUGAUUGUGGUAUCUUCUCUACGAUUUUUUGUUUGUUUGAUUCCCUUAAGUUUUAAUGUUUGGGUAUUUUGUAUCACCUCUGUAUCCGUUUUUAUUCCUAUUCUGGUUGUUCUUAUCUGUUUGAUUAUGAUUCACUUCCAGCUGAGGAGACCUGAAUUGAGACGUCCUAGCAAGUUGGUACUAACUGAUCAACUGUAAUCAGUGACGACGUAUGAACAAUAUUCCCUCCACUCCAUCUCUUUAAGGAAAAAAACCACAUGGCGAAAAACAUAAUUAAAACAUAUACACUUGAAAUUCAUUUAGAUGUGCUAUACUAAACAGUUGCUAGCCAGCUAAUUGCUAACAUAGAACCAAUAGAGACGUACCGUACACUGCAUGCCUGCAGUGCGCGAAUUGCAGUGAAUUUGCCUUAAUUGAACAAACUUCAGUAUAUGAUAACAGUGCCUCUUUAAAUCAAAACCGCGCAAUCCACCUGUUUGAUGCAACCCAUUACGGCAGCGUUUGUUAACUAGGUCACCUCUUUCAGCGAAUUGACUUGCAUGAUGUCCAAAGCACUGUCUUUCUCCUGCUGUGUGUUCUUCACUUAUCGAAAACUUGCUGUGAUAGUAGCUUGGUCAUUGCAUGUCAGUUGGUCACGUUCGUACCAAAGGCAGGACGCCCCGUUGUUCCGUCCAGUAUACAUGUGCAAUAAAAGCGUGCACGAAUGGAGAUUCAGCGUGAGGGAAGGAAACAUACUAUCUGUGAGCAAGCAGGAGUGUAUUUUAGUACUACUGACUCUCACACUGGGGCCUCUGUCUAGAUCAGGGCUGAACGACUCCUGAUCGUCUCUUAAUUUUUAUUUACCUUUUUGUUCGUUUGUUUCAUUUUUUACUUUAGUCGAAGGAUUAGAAAAGGGACAAGCUUUUCAACUCUGCAAAGGAAAGUUAAGAAAAGACUCUUGAAUAUAGAAAAACUUUUCCCCUCAAAAUAAAAAAAAAAUAUCUGUUUUA